AUGUGCAUCGGAUCUGGAGGUGCUUGUGGAUAUACUCAGAGCUCAAGUAGUUUCACGUGCUAUAACACAGAAGGGACACAACAAAACAGUCCUAGAAAGAAGAAGGGUCUCUCUGCUGCAGCAUUCGCAGGCAUUGUUGCUGCUUCUGGAGGAGUAGCGGCCAUACUUAUAGCAGGAGCUUUGUUCUGUCUCAUCAUCCGGAGAAGAAAGACUUCAGAUUAUCCGAAACAACAGAAUCUCAAGGCCCUUAUUCCCCUGAAACACUAUAGCUACAUACAAGUAAAGAGAAUGACAAACUCAUUCGCUGAAGUGGUUGGCAAAGGCGGAUUUGGAACAGUCUAUAAAGGAACCCUAUGUGAUGGCCGUACUGUUGCGGUGAAGAUCUUGAAAGACUCAAAGGGAAAUAAUGGUGAAGACUUCAUCAACGAAGUUGCAAGCAUCAGCAAAACCUCUCAUGUCAACAUUGUUGACCUGCUUGGAUUCUGCUCUGAAGGUUCCAAGAGAGCAAUCAUUUACGAAUUUUUGGAAAAUGGGUCUCUUGAUCAGUUCAUCUCAAGAAAUCCCUCAAUGAACAUGGAUUGGAUGGUCCUGUACGGGAUAGCUCUAGGCGUUGCUAGAGGUCUAGAGUACUUGCACUAUGGCUGCAAAACGAGGAUCGUGCAUUUCGAUAUCAAACCUCAGAACGUGUUGUUGGAUGGGAAUCUUUGUCCCAAAGUCUCUGACUUUGGCCUCGCUCAGCUCUGCGAGAGGAAAGGAAGCUUGAUGUCACUACUGGACACAAGAGGAACGAUUGGUUACAUUGCACCAGAAGUGUUUUCAAGAAUGUACGGUAGGGUCUCUCACAAGUCAGAUGUGUAUAGCUACGGAAUGUUGCUCCUUGAGAUGAUAGGAGCAAGGAACCAGGAAAGAGCUGAUCAAACCUCUGCAUCUAACGCAAGCUCAAUGUACUUCCCUGAAUGGAUAUACAAAGAUCUUGAGAAGAGAGACAAUGAAAGGCCAACAGAGAACACAAUCAGCAGCGAAGACGAGGAGAUAACAAAGAAGAUGACACUAGUAGGUCUGUGGUGUAUUCAAACUUCCCCUUUAGAUCGUCCAGCGAUGAACAGAGUUGUUGAGAUGAUGGAAGGAAGUGUUAAUGCUCUUGAAGUCCCUCCAAGGCCUGUUUUCCAUAUUCCACCUGCACCACUUCAAGAAUCUUCCACACUCUCAGAGAACAUCUCAGUUUAUACCGAUUAUGAUCCAUCAGUACUCACAUAA